UUUUCUCACCAAAGCUUACCAGGACUGAGAAACCAUUCUUCCAUGUUCCUGAGAUGUCUGAAAAUUCCCUCUCGAAGGGUUUGGUUAGUUGAGCGAGUGCUCUCCCACCACCACCCACCAGCCCAAGGCCAGGCCACCAUUCUCUACUUUUCCCCCCCUUUCUUCUCAGCCCGUCCCCUCUUCCUUUUUUGGCAGCCUUCCUCAGGUCCUCCUCACCACCGCGAAGGGAACUUGAUCUCCUCUCCCAGACGAGGAAGAGAAGGGGAGGAGGGAAGAUAUGGGCGGGCGGGUGGAUCACGAGUACUCGUACCUGUUCAAGAUGGUGCUGAUCGGGGACAGCGGCGUCGGCAAGUCCAACAUCCUCUCCCGCUUCACGCGCAACCACUUCUCCCUCGACUCCAAGUCCACCAUCGGCGUCGAGUUCGCCACCAAGUCCCUGCAGAUGGAGGGCAAAACAAUAAAGGCUCAGAUCUGGGACACAGCCGGCCAGGAGAGGUACCGUGCCAUUACGAGUGCGUACUACCGCGGCGCCGUGGGAGCCCUGCUUGUAUAUGACAUUACAAAGAGGCAGAGCUUUGACAAUGUUCACAGGUGGCUUCGUGAGCUCCGCGACCACGCUGACUCCAGCAUUGUGAUCAUGAUGGUCGGAAACAAGUCCGACCUGACACACCUGAGAGCCGUCUCGGAUGAUGAAGGCAAAGCAUUGGCUGAGAAGGAGGGCCUUUUCUUCCUGGAGACAUCAGCUAUGGAGGCUGUAAACGUGGAGGAAGCCUUCCACACUAUCAUCACGGAGGUCUAUGGCAUUGUCAACAGGAAAGCGCUGGCCGCCAAAGAAGCAGCAGCUGCAACAGCUCCACUGCCUUCCCAGGGCAAAACCAUAAGCAUUGACAGCACUGUGGGGAAUACAAAGAGGGCAUGCUGCUCUACUUAAGAUGUAAUCGUGCUUGAAACAUCAUAUUAUAGAGAAACUUAAGGGAGAAGUGUUGGUAUAAAGCGGAGCAUAGCGGUCUCAAAUGGUGUGGAGGCAAUAUCCACUCUUUUUGUUUCUCUGUUGCGUGAACUUACUGGAGUAUAUGGCUGCAGAUGCAGUGUUCAGUGUUUCUGAAUCAAAGUUAGAUGUGUGUAUUAGGAUUCAUUACAUUUAUGUUCUGAAAGUUACAUGGUACUGCAGUAUAUCUCAGGAUUAUAUAGUACAACUUAUAGAAUUCAAGUGUGAUUUUGUUA